UUUCUUCCGGAUGUGUAGUAGGGCUAACACAUGCGGCAGACUCAUGCUCCGUCCACAACACGACUCAUAAAAACAGUUAUUACUGUUGUGGCAUGAGUUUGUACAUUUUCAAUCGAGCAGUAUGGAGGGUGUACGAUGGGCCUUUCGUUGCGGCUCGUGGUCCCCAACUCGUGCCGAAUGGUUGCUUGCUGCCCGGUGCGUGCAGCGUGAGGAGAAGGAGAGGAUUGGACAGUUUGUGUUCGCCAAAGAUGCCAAGUCAGCCAUGGCUGGCAGACUUCUGAUCCGCAAACUGGUGUCAGAGAAGAUGGGGAUAGUCUGGGACCAGAUCCGGCUGGAGAGGACCGCAAGAGGGAAGCCGAUUGUGGCCAACCCCACAGCAGCAGCGGCUGAUGCAGGUCACCAGAGAUGGAGCUUCAACGUGUCUCACCAGGGGGACUAUGCAGUCCUGGCCGCAGCUCCUGGCCAGCAGGUUGGGACGGAUGUCAUGAAGACUGCCAGACCAGGCUCCUCUUCGAUCCCUGAGUUCUUCCGGCUGAUGACCCGGCAGUUUACAGAGCACGAGUGGAGCACCAUCAGGACUCCGUGCUCCGAAUGGGACCAGCUGCACAUGUUCUACAGACACUGGGCCUUGAAGGAGAGCUUCAUCAAAGCCAUCGGCACUGGCCUAGGCUUCGACCUGCAGCGGAUCGAGUUCCACAUCUCCCCCUUGCUCAUCCAAGAGGGACGUGUCUACUCUGAGACCAGGAUGCAUCUGGAUGGAGAGGAGGACCAGGACUGGACAUUUGAGGAGUGCCUGCUGGACCAGCAGCAUCACGUGGCGGUGGCCCUGGGCCGCGGAGGACCGGCGGGCGAGUGGGAGCCCAAGCCUCCCGUCCAGCCAGCCUCGGCCCCUCCGAGGUUCACCUUGCUGAGCUUCAGUGAGCUGGUGUCUGGGGCACUACCUCUCACUGAGGAGGACCCUGCCUACUGGGAGAGCUUUCAGAAGAAACAGGAGGCUCCCAAACGCCAGACGGACCAGUCCUGAAAGAGCCAUAACCCCUGAUGAGGCCACCCGUUCCAGACACAUUUACCAAAGCCCUGAAGAAGAAUGAGAAACCAAACUGGAGGCUGGAGAGAUGGAGAGAUGAGGAAAAGGAGAUGGAGAGAUGAGAAGAAAAAAAAGAUGCAGACUGGAGUUUAUAAUUAAUGCAAAGAUCACCAUGGCUUGUCCCCUUCGCUAUUUCUGUAGAAUAAUAACCACUGAUGCAUUCAUCUACUAGGCACAUUACCCAGGGGCCCAGAGGUGAGAAAAAAACAACAUGGAGGUUGGCCAGAGUUGAUAAUUAAUGCAAAGAUCACCGUGGUUUGCCCAACACUCACUACUUCUGAAGGCACUUUGUGGCCUCAAUGGCCCCGCUUCAAAAGUAGGACACAGUCUGAUGUCAGAUCGAGGGACCCAGCUGGAGUCUCCAUUGCCCUACAGGUGCCCCAAGUGACCAAAAAGCACUGUCUGGGCUUCUUGGUGCUGACCCACUUUUCAAACAUGAAGGAGGAAAUUCUUUUAUUUUAUUAUUAUUCUACAUUUAGGUUUGCAAACUCUUGGGGGUAGAUGCUGCUGUGUUUUCUUUUUUUGUUCUUUUUUUUUUUUUCCAAAGACAUGGGCAAAGACAAACUGUUUUUAUGGGGAAGAAAACAACAACAGCAAAUGGCUUGAACUUUGUUUUGCUGUCUGUAUUACACUGGCUCCUUCUCAUGCACUACUUCUAACGUGAAAAAGUAUUUUCCCCUCUCUA